AUGGGCUGCUGCAUCUCUCGCUCCGAGGCCGACACGUACCCGCACCCCUCCAACACAGGCUCUACGCGAGCCACCAACCCCGCCGCCGCCGCCUCCGUCCCCCGCGAGCGCUCUCCCGCCAGCACCCAUGCGACACACCCUUCUUCGGGCCGCCGCCGCGGCCGCCACUCCAACAUGCCCCUCGACAAGCACAUCAACAAGCCCUUGCGCCGCCACGAAUGGUCCUCCAAGGGCCGUGCUUGGACACGCACCGCCCUGGACCGCGAGCGCGCCGACUUCUUCGACACUCGCGUCACCGGCCGCCCCGAGGUCUGGCAGUCGCUGCGCGCUGCCCUAGAGGUCCUCUGGGACCCCGUCGGCCAGAGCGCCGCCGCUGAUGGCACCGGCGGCCUGGCCACGGCUCAGGGCAUCCUCGACGCGGCCGAGAUCACGUUGCCGACGGGAGACCUCGCCCAGGGCGCCUACGACCAGCUGGGUAACUAUUACCCCCUCGCCGAGUGGCUUGUCGCCGACCCGGCCAACCUCGUCGAGGACGACGCCGCCACUGAGGGCGCCGACGAGGCGCUCUCCACCCGGGACCUUAAAGACGAUCUCGCCGGCGGGGACGAGACCACGGAGGAGCUGGACGAGGACGACAACGUCAGGCGCAGAGAGGAGAAGGGCAAGGCCGUCGUCGACGCCCGAGACCAGCUCUCAGUGUUGGCACGCCUUAGCGAGACCGCGCGCGAUGUCACUGUCAACUUUGUCAAGUCGGACACUGUGAGAGUCGUUGCUCGCAAGAUACAGGAGCAGGCAGGGCUUGUCGGCACCAAAAAAGUUCGCAUCGCAUACAUGGGCAAGAUCCUCAGGGAAAACCUCUCACUCACCGAGCAGGGCUGGCAGGAGGGCCAUGUGGUCAAUGCCCUCGUCUUCGACCGAUAG